AUGAACGGCACCGAGGGCCCCAACUUCUACGUGCCCUUCUCCAACGUCACAGGCGUGGUGCGCAGCCCCUUCGAGCAGCCGCAGUACUACCUGGCUGAGCCCUGGCAGUUCUCCAUGCUGGCGGCGUACAUGUUCCUGCUCAUCGUGCUGGGCUUCCCCAUCAACUUCCUCACGCUCUACGUCACGGUGCAGCACAAGAAGCUCCGCACCCCGCUCAAUUACAUCCUGCUCAACCUGGCCGUGGCUGACCUCUUCAUGGUCUUAGGAGGGUUCACCACCACGCUGUACACCUCCCUGCACGGCUACUUCGUCUUUGGGCCCACAGGCUGCAACGUGGAGGGCUUCUUCGCCACACUGGGCGGUGAAAUUGCCUUGUGGUCCCUGGUGGUUCUGGCCAUUGAGCGUUAUGUAGUGGUCUGCAAGCCUAUGAGCAACUUCCGCUUCGGAGAGAACCAUGCCAUUAUGGGUGUGGCCUUCACCUGGGUCAUGGCUAUGGCCUGUGCUGCUCCUCCCCUCGCCGGCUGGUCCAGGUACAUCCCCGAGGGCAUGCAGUGCUCAUGUGGGAUCGACUACUAUACCCUGAAGCCCGAGGUCAACAACGAGUCGUUCGUCAUGUACAUGUUCGUGGUCCACUUCACCAUCCCUUUGAUCAUCAUCUUCUUCUGCUACGGGCAGCUGGUCUUCACGGUCAAGGAGGCCGCAGCCCAGCAGCAGGAGUCGGCCACCACUCAGAAGGCAGAGAAGGAAGUCACACGCAUGGUUAUCAUCAUGGUCAUCUUCUUCCUGAUCUGCUGGGUCCCCUACGCUAGCGUGGCCAUAUACAUCUUCACCCACCAAGGCUCCGACUUUGGGCCCAUCUUCAUGACCCUGCCGGCUUUCUUUGCCAAGAGCUCCGCCAUCUACAAUCCAGUCAUCUACAUCAUGAUGAACAAGCAGUUCCGGAACUGCAUGCUCACCACGCUCUGCUGUGGCAAGAACCCACUGGGCGAUGACGAGGCCUCUGCCACCGCCUCCAAGACGGAGACCAGCCAGGUGGCUCCGGCCUAAGCCUGCCUGGCCAGAGACUGUGGCUGACCGUAGGAGACUCCUGCCCCCACCAGCCCCAGCCACAGCCCCCAGCAGGAGCAGCACCCGUUGGAAUGAGGUCACGCAGUCUCCCUCAGUGUUCUCUUCUUUGUUUUUAAUGAAUUCGUGAAAGCAAAACGAGGCUCCCCAACUCAACAGGGACAGCCUGAGAAAGGACAUCCGUCCACCAAGACCCCCGACCCGGAGUCCCCAAUUCCCAGGGGCCAGCGGGAUCUGUACCCCUCCCCUCAGCUUGUCUCUCAGGAACAUGACAACGUGUCCCAGCUUUAGGGCUAAGUGUCUAGAUCAGAAUGGAGCACACAGUAGCUGAUUAAUAAAUGCUAGCUGGAUGAAGGGAGGAAUGAGUGACUGAAUGAGUGGAUGUAUGACAGAGGGGAUUGAUGGAGGGGAACAUGUAUGUCCUCAGAUGCACAACCUGGAAGAUCCAGUCAUGUUUUGCUGGAAUCUCUAAACAAUUUUACAUCCCUACCCUGGUUUUCUCCCACACCCCUGGAUGGAUAUUCCAAAUCCCGGGCCCUGACAGUAUGUGGCUGCUUCAAAGACAGAGAGAUGGAGGAUGGAGGGAAGAAAAAGGAAGGAAAAAGUGAGGGAGGGAAGAAAGGCAGGAAGGAGGGAGGGAGGGAGAGAAUGUGUGUAUGUGUGUGUGUGUGUGCAAAUACUUUGUAUAUAAAUAGCACAGCUGGUAGUUGUGUUACAAAGAAUACCAAUUAAUAUAAUUACCUAACCAUCUGAUUGUCUCUGCUCGUUAGUGACUGCUUGGGAAUUGGGCAGGGCCCACACACUCAGACAGGGUCUUUUCCCUAGCCUCAGUAGGCUUUUACAAAUGACCCAGGGCUUCAGGCCUAUACAGGGCUGGAACUGGAUCACAGGGAUGACAGGGACAGCAAUGCGGGCUGCAGCCAUUAGGACUAAGAAAGCAUUGUGGCCAGGGGUCUCAGGCAAGGCCUGGGUCCUUCCUCCAGUGUGGCAUCCUUGGCUCAUGUCUUCCAAUCUACUUGGCCUGUGGAGACCCAGCCCUUCCUCUUGGCUUCUGGACACAUUUGCUCCUCCACACCAGCCACCAGGUGGCAACAGCUCCAGGCCAGUAUGGAGUUCUGGAAGCCGUGCUAAUCUGCCCACCCUCAGGGAGCAGCUGAGUCCCUGUUGCCACCCUUCUUCUGAAAAGCUCAGAAAAACUGUGUGAGACCUGACCAGGCCUUAUCCCUAAGAUGCUCAUGGAUCCAGUUCCCAGAUCCCUUGUUGGAUAUGCUGUUUUCCUUGGCAUUUGGUCUUUUCUUUGUUCCAGAGAGUUCUGAGGCCAACAAGAACUGUGGGAUGCCAGAAUUGAGCAGCUUCAGUCUGCAUCCCUCCUCCACAGAACCUCAGCGGGGCCCCCAGCAGGCCCACCCCUGCCUAGGGACAGAGGCAUUAAAAGCUCAGCUCCUA